GGCUCUUUCUUCUACCCUUCGUCAGCAUCCCGGUAAGCCACGUCGAGAUGGCGGGGGUAUAUAACCGGUUGGAUCGCAGCAAGAACCGGAACCACCGUCCGUCCAGCCCAGCCCCCCAAUACUGUCUAUCACCAUGUCCUCGACUGUCGAUUACUCUUCUUGGUCACCUGCCUCUUCCACUAGCUCGGGCUCGCCCGUCCAUCCUGCCUCGCUGGUGGAUCCUACCACACACUCCUCGGCAAUCCUCCAGCUAGUUGAUAUGGAGUUCACACAGUCUGUUAUAGACUACAUUGUCGAGUGCAUCGUCGAAACGGUGACCUACGCCCUCACCCGGGAUUCGGACCCCCAUUCGGCUAUCACCCUGGGCCCUAGCCCCACCCUCGUCGGCAAAUUCACCCUCUUCGUCAAGCUCAUGCUGUCCCGCGCCGAAGUGAGCCCGGCUACUGUCUUCGUGGCACUCGCAUAUGUUGCGCGCGCACGGCCCCACCUCGCCAUCGCCUCGCCCGAGUGGGCGCUCGAGCGCGUCUUCCUCGGCGCGCUGGUCGUCGCAAGCAAGUACACGCAGGACAGCACGCUGCGCAACGCGCACUGGGCGCUGUGCAGCGGGGUCUUCGGCAAGCGCGACGUCGGGCGCGUUGAGCGCGAGUUUCUCGAGGUGCUGAACUGGGAUCUUGGCGUGCGCGAGGAGGAGAUCCUCAUGCAUUGGGGAGGCGUUAUGGGGCUCCCCGACGAAGAUAUGCCUCCGGUCGCAACUCCUGCUGCUGCUGCUGCUGCUACCAGGAUCGAGAUCACACCCGCUCCGGAAUCGGAGUACCACGGCACCGGCGUGCCGACCCUCGAGCCGUCGAGCCCCUCCAGCACCUACUCGUCGUCGCCUCGAACACCGUCGACGACCGACAUGGAUGUCGACCAGCCUGCACCGCACGCUAAGAAGUACGAGCACGAGCACGGGCAUCAUCGGCACCACUCACGCCGCCUCAGCGGGCUGCUUCGGGUUCUGCACGUCCCACACAUCCAUCUGCCGCACCACCAUCACCGGGCCUCGAUCCCCAUCGCUGCCGGUGCUUAAUUGUCGAGCCAGCUGAUUCCUGGCCCCAAUCAUCCCCGAUCCGCCGCGAGGCCUUUCGGUAUCUUGCGCUCCGUCCGAGCCCAGGCUAAUUCCGUGCAUCCAUCCCAUUCUCUGGAUGGACAAUCAUGUGCGACGCAGCCUGUGAUUUGGCCCUGCUAGUGAUUAUAUGAAUGUAGUAUAUGCACUGGACGAUGGCCCGCACCCCGCAGUGCCCAGACAAUCUCAUGACAUCGCAUAUAUCUAUCUCUCACUUAUCGUGCUGUACUGCGCUCUUCAGCCACGGACUCGAUUGUAUUGCACGCCUCACUCACUCCUUUGAUGUUUCCCGCUCUUCGUAUAUAUCGUAUCCACAUGCAGUAUAUUUAUUACAUCUACUUUCACCCUAAGAUUCAUGAAUCAGUACCGCUUCGAACAGGAGCAACAUCUGGAGUGCGGGUGAGCUAUCGGCAGUGACAAUCAUGGAAUCGUG